UCAACAGACAACACCAAUCAACUUGCACUUAUUACGCCAGUCGUAUGUCAUCCGCUGCACGAAAAAGGUGUUAGAGGUAUUUUGACAACUUUUACGCGAUGCGCCAUCGAGCGAGAUAGUGACAAUAUAGUGUAAAGUGAAUUAUAAUUUAUAAAAAUGCUCGCGGACGGUGAAAUUGUUGGUGACGGAUCAUGGAACCUCACGAUCUAUGUUACGGACUUGAACGAGAAGCGUACGAUGGUCGUGAAGGGAGAUAUGCAUAUCGGAGGGGUUAUGCUCAAGUUGACGGAGAGCUUCGGUAAAGAUUUCAAAAAGGAUUGGUCAGAUCACGCACUUUGGUGGCCCACACGCAACAAAUGGCUAUCCAGACCGAAACACACGCUGGACCAGUACGGAGUCCACGCAGAUGCUGCACUCCACUUCACUCCGAUGCACAAGCCUCUGAGAAUACAGCUCCCGGACUUGAGAUAUAUCGAUUGUAAAAUUGACUUUUCUAUCGAUACGUUUAGUGCUGUAAUGCAACUUUGCAAAAGUCUUGGUAUACGGCAUCCAGAAGAAUUAUCAUUGUGCUAUCCUUUGGAACCGUCGCAUUUAAAGCAGAAUUACCAGAAUUUGAAAGAGGCUAAAAAGAUAAAAUCGGUACAAGCUCCAGACACAAAUACGUUCAUUGCAGCCACAAGAGGAUCUUCAAAUAGUUUGGAUAGAUCUCUAGCGUGUCCUGCUACACCACCGCCUCCUAGAUCUUUAUCUGCUACGCCCGUAGCAUCACAACAGAAUGGAACACUACGUCGCUAUGGUGGCCACAUCUAUAGUACACAGAGCGAUGGCUCCAGCGAUGGAGGUUAUUGCGGAACCCCACCACGAGCGGCAUCUCUCGACGCUUUAGAUUCACUUGCGGAGUUGUCUUUGGCCGAUUCUCCCCUUGAACCAGAUAGCCAAUCGAGGGAGUCACUUCUUACACCAAAAUCCUUGAUGGAACGCGCUAGAAUGAACGUUGGCUGGUUAGAUUCGUCGUUGUCUAUCAUGGAGCAAUAUGUUCGGGAAUGGGACACUCUACAACUUCGUUUCAAGUUCUAUUCGUUCUUCGAUCUUACCCCGAGGGCUCAGGAUGCAUCGAGACUGAACCAACUUUACCAGCAGGCUCGUUGGCAAAUUCUCAAUCAGGAAGUCCAUUGCACAGAGGAAGAGAUGUUACUGUUCGCUGCACUUCAGCUCCAAAUUGAAUUACAAACGUUAGCUGGUGGUGGCGUGGAUGCGAAUGAUGGAUCCCAAGGCACUGGAGCAGCAGCGGCUCCGGAAGACGAAAUUGAUGCUGCGUUAAGUGAACUGCAAGUGCAGUUGGAAGGAGGUCCACCAGCUCGACCUGACAUCACACAUGUGCCCGAACUUGCUGGAUACUUGAAGUACCGAGGACGUCAGCGUUUCACACUGCGGGCGUACAAGCGCGGCUGGGUGUCGUGUCGCGACGGCGUGCUGCGCAUACACGCCUCGCGCGACGCCGCCGCGCGCGGGGACACGCCCUCCUACGCCGUCGAGCUCAGGGGCGCCGAGGUAACACCGGACGCACAUCCAGCUUCUGGUCGAUAUGGCAUCAAAUUGGAAGUACCCGCCGAAGACACGAUGCAUGAAAUGUGGCUGAAAUGUGAGAAUGAGGACCAAUAUGCCGAAUGGGUGGCGGCUUGUCGUCUGGGCUCCCGCGGUCGGUCGCUCGCCGACUCGGCCUUCACCACUGAAGCGGCUGCGGUUAAGACCCUGCUCGCUCUACAGCGGCCCCAGCCGGCAGCCGCGCUGAACCAGCACAGCUUGCCGCAUCUCGAUCACCUGCAGCCAGAGAACUACUUGGCACCGCGUUUCCUUAAGAAGUUAAAGAGCAAGUUUACUCAACGCGUUUUGGAGAGCCAUGCCAAUGUAAAGGAUCUACCGCUGUUGGAAGCGAAACUGCAAUACAUCAAGACUUGGCAGAAUCUUCCCGACUACGGUCAAACGUUAUUUGUCGUACGUUUCAUGGGACACCGCAAGGACGAAAUCAUCAGCAUCGCUAACAACCGCAUCAUGAGACUUGACCCUAACACCGGCGAUCAUAUUAAAACAUGGCGUUUCAGUACCAUGAAGGCUUGGAACGUGAACUGGGAAAUAAAACACAUGAUGGUACAAUUCGAGGAAGGCAACAUUAUCUUCUCGGUUCAAUCAGCUGAUUGCAAAGUCGUCCAUGAAUUUAUCGGAGGAUACAUAUUCCUCUCGAUGCGUUCAAAGGAUGCAAACCAAACGCUCGACGAAGAACUAUUCCACAAAUUGACCGGUGGUUGGACGUAAGAUUUUAUUAAAUAUGAUAAAUAUUAAUUUAUUAACAGGUAACAUUAUCUGUAAAGAUUAUAUUUUUCGGGAACUACAGCCUUGUAUGCGUGCCUUGAAUGUCUUGACAUCCAUAUUUCUGUAGCCUGGUGCGAGAAGGGCCAAUGUCAAUAAGCCUUCUGAUAAUCAGAAUAAAAAUGAACAGGUAUUGAUUGUUUUAUGUAACAUGUCACUUUUUGAGUAGCGUUA